AUGGAUGACAUCAAUCUUCGUAUAAGUGUCAUAGGCUUAGGCAAACUGGGCAGUCCAAUGGCUGCUGUUUUUGCAUCGAAAGGUUAUCAUGUAAUCGGCUUGGAUGUAAAUAAGCAAUUUGUCAACGCGUUGCAAAGAGGAGAAGCUCCGGUAGAUGAACCUCAACUACAGGAACUGAUUAAUCAGUACAAAACUAAUAUCAAGGCUACAAUGGAUUAUCACAGGGCCGUCAGUGAGACAGAUAUAACAAUGAUUAUUGUUCCAACACCAUCAGAUCCAAAGACCGACUUUUUUAGCAAUGACUAUGUGCUUUCAGCUAUUAAAGCAAUUGGAGAAGCGAUUAAGGCCUGUAAUAAAUAUCACCAAGUGGUUGUUACAUCCACAGUGAUGCCUGGUUCAAUGGAUGGGAUUAUCCGUGAUGUUAUAGAAUCAUCGUCGGGCCGAAAAGUUGGUUGUCGAGAUAAUGAAAUCGGCUUGGCAUACAAUCCUGAGUUCAUUGCAUUAGGACAGGUUAUUAAAGAUAUGUUAAAUCCAGAUUUUAUCUUAAUUGGUGAAAGUGACAAGCGUAUUGGAGAUACCUUGCAAGCACUAUAUUCAAGUAUAAUAACUAAGCAACCAUUAAUAUUUCAAAGAAUGAACUUCAUCAACGCAGAAAUAACCAAAAUUGCUAUCAAUACAUAUGUGACAACUAAAAUAACCUACGCUAAUAUGCUGAGUGAAUUAUGCGAAAAUCUAUCAGAUGCUGAUGUCGAUAUAGUUACCGCUGCCGUUGGUUGUGAUUCUCGUGUCGGGAGCAGAUAUCUAAAAGGUGCUUUAGCAUAUGGAGGACCAUGUUUUCCAAGAGAUAACCGUGCUUUUGUUGCCUUAUCAAAAUCUGUCUUCGUCAAUGCUUUAUUGGCGGAAGCAACUGACCAAUUAAAUAAUUAUCAAAUCGAUAGACUAUUGAAAAUAUGCGACAAAAUAGCAAAAAUUCAUUUUACUAAUGCUCAAUCAACUAAACUAAAGGUGGGUAUUCUGGGAUUAUCUUAUAAACCUGAUACUCAUGUCGUAGAAUGUUCAGCUGCUUGCGCCUUAGCUAAUAAACUUAUAGGUAACUUUGAUGUUUUUGCAUACGAUCCAUUAGCUAUGACAUCGGCUUCUCAAAUAUGCAAUAAAGCUGUGCAGCUCGUUAGUACUAUUGAGAAGCUUCUUUACGAAAGCAAUAUUAAUGUUUUAAUAAUCGCAACUGCUUCAAAUGUCUGGAAAAGCAUAGUGUUCAAACACACAGGAAAAGAAAAUUUGUAUGUAAUUGAUUGCUGGCGGUUACUGAAAAAAGAUGAGAUUGAGAAAAAUAAUCCACAAAUUCGUAUCAUACUAUUAGGAAACGGUAAUUCAACAAUGGCGCUGAAACAGCUAGAGACAUUAUAUAAAAAAAAUCAGGUGGAAACAAUUGACUAUCCAAUUAAUGCUCGUAGCCAACUGCGUAUACUGGUAGCUGGUGGAGCAGGCUUCAUUGGCACUCACUUAGCUCGCCGAUUGUUGGAAGAAGGUCAUUAUGUUAUUUGUGCCGAUUGGAAGAGGAGUGAAUAUUUCCAGGAAGAAGAAUUUUGCAACCAGUUUUUACAUAUGGACUUGCGCGUACUCCAUAAUUGUUUAGUAGCAACUAAAGGAUGUGACUGGGUUUUUAAUUUAGCAGCUGAUAUGGGAGGAAUGGGAUAUAUUCAAUCAAAUAAUUCAGUGAUUUUAUUCAACAAUACAAUGGUUUCAUUUAAUGUGAUAGAAGCUGCUAGACAAAACGAUGUUCAAAGAUUCUUUUAUGCUUCAUCUGCAUGUGUCUAUCCUAGACAUGUCCAGACUAAAGAAAAUGUUGAGGCACUCAAAGAAGAACAAGCAUGGCCUGCACAACCACAAGAUGCGUAUGGGUUAGAAAAAUUAGUAUCUGAGGAAAUUACAAUGCAUUACGCAAAAGAUUUCCCAAAGAUGCAAACCAAAAUUGCACGUUUCCACAACGUAUAUGGACCUCAAGGACAGUGGAAAGGUGGUCGAGAGAAGGCUCCAGCAGCACUUUGUCGGAAAGUAUUAGUGGCACACGAAGGAGAGAACCAUGGCGUAGUCACCGUAUGGGGGGAUGGCAAACAAACGAGAUCGUAUUGCUAUAUCACAGAUUGUAUUGAUGGGAUAAUGCGUUUAAUGCAGUCCGAUUAUAGUCAGCCACUGAAUAUUGGUUCAGAUGAAAUGGUUUCUGUAAAUGAUCUGGUAGGUAUAAUUUGUGACCUAGAACAAGUUACUGUUACGCUCACACAUAUUCCCGGGCCCGAAGGUGUUAGAGGAAGAAAUUCUGAUAACACAUUAAUCAAAAAAGUGUUGAAUUGGGCACCUUCAACUACAUUAAGCCAAGGAUUAAGAAGUACAUACAAAUUCAUAAAAAGUGGAUUAGAAAUAGAAAAAAAAAAUGGAAUCGAUAUUUCGACCUAUGCUUCAUCAAUAGUUGUUCCCCAAACGACUGAAACACUAGAAAUGAUUGGACAAGUAAAACCAAGUGACAGGAACUGCACGUAG